AUGUACGCUCAACCCCACCUGUUACGCAUAAAAGUGUCGUACGUACGAAGAGGGCCCACAGUUGCAAGCAAGUACAAGUCACUGGCUGUCACCUUACGAAGUCUUGGUCCAGUAACAACCGGGGCGGAUUGGGGAAAGCGGAUGCCCCGUCACUCUGCGCGCAUUUGGUACUACGCGAAUGUCUAUUAUAGUUGCUCGGCGAUCCCGAACAGCGAAUGUGUCAGGUUGGAUGAAAGACGUCGAAGUAGGUGCCUUCAACAAAGUGAAGACGGUGCAGCCCGGUCAACGGGGACGUUUCGCGAGUUUCUUUGCAACCCGAAUAUGACGAGCACAUCUGGUGUCAGGUGGUUUCCAGCAGGACUGCAAAAUAUGCGACAAACUCACCGGUUGGCCACAGUUUUCACGACAUAUGAUAGCCUAGCCACCAUGACCACCACCGAGGAAGCACUCGUUCUGGAAAUACGACUCAUCGUAUACGCUCUGGAAAGCAGUGUAGUUACCUCGGCGGAUCUACUGUCCUUUGACUGGGAUCCCAUUUGCUUACUCACGACGACGCCGGCAUACAGUUUCCAGCUGUGGUCAAGUUUUCGCGAGCGUUCCUCUUCCACUCUCUCAACUCCUACGGAGACCAGCGUGGCGCCGGCCACUGAAGUCGCGGAUGUCAGCAUGAACGGGAACUUGUCCGUGAUUGGCUCUAUGGAGGUGCCAGUCACCUCCAUUGGCCGCCAGGCACCCAUUGAUCGUCUGGGGUUUGUGAUCGGUUUCGAUAUGAAAUCUUUGUACAAGCAGCUCUUUAUCGACUUUCAAUACCUUCACGAAGUUAUCCAGUGUAACAUCCUGAAACAGAUGGACGCGAAUCAACUCGCCCCUGGACGAUAG